UACAACUAACUAAUCAGCCCUUUAUAAACUAGUAAUAGUAGACUGUAUAUAGAACCAAGUUGAGAUGGGAUUAGCAGGUACUAAGAUCAAGCAACGGUUUGGGAAUGAUCCUCGAAAUACCAAAUGGUCCAAUGAUACCUCCCGAUUUGGCCAUCUGUAUCUUGAAAAGUUAGGAUGGAAGCCUGGUAAGGGUUUAGGAUUAGUUGAACAUGCAACUACUACUCAUAUUAAAGUAUCAUUAAAAGAUGAUAAUGUAGGGCUUGGAGCUAAAUUAGCCAAGAAACAGAAAAAAGAUGAUCUUGAAGAAGGAGAUAGUGUGGGGCUCGAUGUUUUCCAAAGAAUAUUAGGGAGAUUAAAUGGGAAGGAAGAUAAGAUUAAUACUGAAUUAGAAAGACAAAGAAAGGAAAAGAUAAUAGGUAAAUUAGGUAUACAUUUUAUAAAGGGUGAAGUUUUACAAAGUACAUGGGAUGUAGAGGCCAAGACAACCGUUUCACAAUCUAGUGAAAAGGAAAAGACCAGUAAGAAAUCUAAGAAGAGAAAGCUAGAAGAUGACAAUAGUGAGGAAGAAACAAAGAGUUCUAAGAAAUCUAAGAAGGACAAGAAGGAGAAGAAAGUAAAGAAAGAAAAGAAAGAGAAAAAGGACAAGAAAGAAAGUAAAGAAAAGAAAGACAAAAAGAAUAAGAAAGAGAAGAAAGAAAAGAAAGACAAGAAAGAUAAGAAAGAUAAGAAAGACAAGACAGACAAGAUAGAAUUGUCUGAAUCUACCAGCAUUAGUAGAGAUUCAAGCAUAGAGCCAGUUUCUGGCGGCCAUAAGCCAAUAUCCACUAGACUAUCGGUCAGAGCAAAGUGGAUCAGACAGAAGAGAGCAUCGGUCAUGGAUGAAAAGGCACUUAACGAAAUUUUUAUGGUCACUAAUUAAUAGAGUUGCAUUAGAAAGAUUCAGUAAUAAAUAUAAUUUUUGAAUGUAUUCAUU